GACCGACUCCUCCCUCCCUCUCUCUCUCUCUCUCUCUCUCUCUCUCUCACACACACACACGCACGCACAUUGCUUCUCUGUAGAACUGGCAUAUCAAGGGUUCAAACUGUUGAAUUUAUCCGAAUCGUCUUCGUGAUUGUCUUGCCACUUUCGCAUUGUUUUGAAUUGGUUCGAAUCUUCUUCUUUCAAGAGUAAUUGUUGAAAGGUAUCGCAGUAAUUGAAAACUUGUUUCUUCUGGUCCUUUAUAGGUAACUAAUUAAUUAGUGAAGAAUCAUAGCCUCUUCUUAAUUUACAAUACAAUCAAACAAGAACUGGUCUAUGGGUAUGUAUACCGUAUACGUCUAGGAGAUAAUGCGUUCAGAUAUUUCAGUGAAAUGGCGGGAACAACUGAACCAGAUUCCGAGGAAUCGCAGAGAAACGAGGGAUGCUCCUUCGUAUGGGAUGACACAACUCAGCUAUACUACCAUCCCAGUAGUGGAUUUUACCAUGAUCCCGCUGCGGGCUGGUAUUACAGUAGUACAGAUGGUGUCUACUACAAAUUUGAAGAUGGGAAUUAUGUGCUAUUGGAAUCUGCCCAGGGCGAUUCAUCAGAAAUGUUUCAGUGUGUAGACAGUGUUCAGAAUUCUGCUCAAGAUGAGCCUGGCCUGCUUGUAACUUCUCCUAAAGGUGAUUUGGAAGCAUAUAAAGUAGGAACUGUUUCUGAGGAACCAUCUGCAGCCCACAUUGAGUGCAACAUCAGUCCAAUGCUUGAUUGUCCACCUCCACCAUCAGAAUGGUUGGAAGAUACACUUAUUGAUCUUUAUUUGUCUGGAUAUUCCAACCAAGAAACUGAUGCUGAACAUGGUGUGAGUAUGCCCAUGGAUACAGAUCAUGGGGAUUGCGUAGAUGCAGGAAACUACAAUAAUAAACUACAAGAAGGUGAAUGGAUUCCGGAUGAAGAUCCUGGAGUAAAUGAUUCAAGUGGAAUUGUCUCAGAUGAAGGUACUUCUUGGGAGGAAGAGAACUGGCAUGCUCAGUAUGGUCAAGUUGUUCGUUCUGGCGAAGAGUCAGUUCCAGAUUUCCAAGCAAUAGAUCUAUGGGAUUGGGCAAUGGUCAGAGGAACCCGAAGGGAUGGAAAAAAUCAGGUGGUGAGGUUGGUUGGGCGAUUGAUGAGACAAUCUGCUAGGCUUCAUCCCUCAAUGCCUUUGGGUGGCAGUCUACUUAAAACUGCUCCAAUUAGUGAAGUGCAUCUUGAUCUGGUACGAGUUACAUCAGGGCAGGUGUAUAAGUUGAGGAGUCCUAGUGCAAGGCACUUGGCCUCCUUGUCAACUUAUGAUUCCUCCAACCCAACUAAUGAUUGGGGCUUCCCAGAAUUGUCAAUUGAAAAUCAAAUCCAAACCACACCAUCAUCCAAUGGAAACUGCGAACCAAAGCUGGUAAAGGGAGCCGUCAUUCACAAGGAUUUGCCUUCAUUGCCAGGUCAAACAGGUGCAUCCAAAAAUCAUGGGGGUAAUGCAUACAGGGAUAGAGCUGCUGAGAGGAGAGCCUUGCACGGCAGUUUUGGUGUGGGUCCAGGACAAAAGAAGUCAGCUGUUAUUGACGAUUCUGCACCAUCAUCUCCUGUCUCUGCUGAGGAAGCCGCAGGUGAAGCCUUGAACAAUUCGUUCGGAGUUGGUAGUUAUGCGAGAAGAAUUCUUGAAAGCAUGGGCUGGAAGGAGGGCGAGGCACUUGGCAGCAGCACAAAGGGUUUGGUGGAACCGUUAAAGGCGGUCGGAAACAAAGGAAACGCAGGUUUAGGUUGGGAUCACAGCAGAAGAGGGAAUGUCUGAACCUUGUUGGCAUCAUCUUCCUUUACUAGUCUGUGUUUGGUCGACACAGAUAUACGUAAAUACAUCUUAGUGCCUUUCCCAGUAGAACCUCUUACUAGAUAACCUGAGGAGGAAGUAGUUCCAACACAUGAGAUAGUCAUGAACACAUUCUCCUAACUUGUUUUUAUCUGUUUUACUUUUUGCUGGGAAUUAGGAAAAUAAGAAGAAAACACAUGAAUCUUUCUUGGGAAGAGGUUUUUUUAGAAGAAUUGCUGAAUAUCCAACAUUGCUUGGAAUUGAGAACA